UUUUGAUAACGACGGCAAACAAAAAUGACCGCACAGAAAAGUAACAGCCAUCAUGCAGCAGCUGACUCAUUAUACUAGAAAGAAAAAGUGAAACGAGAUCCCAAUUCCUCAAGAUUUUUUUCACAUUCCGCAUGAGUUGAACUCAAAUUGAAUAUUCAAAACCAUAGUGAUAGUGCUAAAGGAGAUGUCUUCGGAGUCGGAAGUGCGUGACCUGUUGACCCGUGCUUUGGACGCGGACGAAGCUGGUCAGAAGGAACUGGCCAUCGACCUGUAUGGCCAAGCGGUGGAAAGUGUUCUUCGCAUCGAGAACCGUGAAAAGAGGGACAAACUGAACAAAUUCGCCAAACAGGCUUUGGAGCGAGCGGAAGUACUGAAGGGCAUCAAAUAUGUUCCGCCGAAGGAUCUGAAAGUGGUUCCGCAGCAACCGGUCCAAAGCAGUGCCGUUCCGGGGAGGAGUCCGGUCCAUAGCCCACGAUUGGAAGUUAGUGGGGCUAGGUCUGGCUACACCAAUGAAGAGAAGAAAGUGCUGGAAUAUACUUCCCAUAUCAACUCAAAGGUUUACGUUCCGUUUAUGGACAUCGAUCUGCACGAGAAGUUUAUCUUUUCCAUUCCUUACACGGAUCGGGAUGGUCCUCUGGAACUGGCGCCCAAACAGAAGCGGGAUUUCGUGCAGUGGAUCCGGGUUAGCGAGCUCAGUGAAAAUCCACAGUUGAUCGCAGGGGACCACGCGGAUUUCUACAGCAUCCGGCAAACGGUGGUUUCCGAUUGUAGCUUUGUGGCCUCCUUGGCCGUGGCCUCUUUGUACGAGAAGAAAUUCAAGCGAAGGAUUCUCACAUCGAUCAUCUAUCCGAGGAACAGUCGCGACGAACCUAUCUACAAUCCUUGUGGGAAGUAUUCGAUCCGGAUGCAUGUGAAUGGAAUCCCGCGGAAGGUCGUGAUUGACGAUUACUUGCCCCUAGGGAAGUACAACCAGUUGCUGUGUUCGUAUUCAAGCAACAAAAACGAAUUCUGGGUCUCGUUGAUGGAGAAGGCUUACAUGAAGCUGAUGGGCGGAUACGAUUUCCCUGGAUCAAAUAGCAACAUCGAUCUUCACGCCCUAACAGGUUGGAUUCCUGAAAGGGCUUCAAUAAGAACGAAGGAUCCGGACUUCAAUGCCGAUGCUGUCUUCAAUCGACUUAGGGAAGGUCUCAGUGCCGGGAGAUGUCUGGUUACUGUGGCCACAGGUGAACUAUCCGACGCGGAAGCCGAACGAACAGGGCUGGUUUCGACCCAUGCCUAUGCCGUUUUGGAUAUGCAGGAAAUUGACGGCGUAAUGCUGCUUCAGCUGAAGAAUCCUUGGUCUCAUUUGCGCUGGCGGGGAAACUACUCUGAGCUGGAUGCUGUUCACUGGACACCAGAACUGCAGCAACAGUUAAACUAUGACCCCAAACUGGCCGCAAACUACGACAAUGGAGUGUUCUGGAUCGACUACAACUCGAUUUUGAACUUCUUCGACGUGUUCUAUUUGAACUGGGAUCCGGCACUGUUUCAGUACACUUAUUGCAUCCAUCAGUCGUGGAAUGCCGGUGUUGGACCUACGAAGGACGCCUACAAUGUGGGAGACAAUCCACAGUUCAGUUUGACCGUGCCAGCUGGGAAGGGGUCAGUUUGGAUUCUGCUGACGAGACACAUCACAUCGAUUGAGGAUUUCAGAGAGAAUCGAGAGUAUAUUACAGUAUUAGUCUACAAGAACAACGGAAAACGUGUCUAUUAUCCUUCCGAUCCGCCUCCGUACAUCGAUGGAGUCCGAAUCAACAGUCCGCAUUACCUCUGCAAAAUCCGCCUGGAUCCGAGUUCGAUUCGGAAGUACACUCUCGUGAUAUCACAGUAUGAGAAAACGGCUACAAUUUAUUACACGUUACGAGCAUACUGUCGGGAUAAGUUCGAACUGAAGAAAAUCGACAGUAAUUUCCAGACGGUCGAGAACAUCAACGGAGAAUGGAAGGGCCGCACGGCCGGCGGUUGCCCCAAUCACCCGGCCACCUACAAGAACAAUCCGCUCUAUCGGUUGCACGUUGGUCCCAAAGACACCAGCCAGCUGGUGGUCGAGCUUCGCGGCCCCAAAGUUUACCAAGUGGGACUGGAAUUGAGUGUGGUCUCGCUGGAAGACCCGGAAGUGACUGCGCCCUUCAUAUCGCAAAGCACCGGCAGCUAUCGGUCCGGGUUUUGCGUGCUGGACCUGGAGAGCAUCCCGGCAGGAGUCUAUCAGCUGCGUCCGUCCACGUUUCUGCCCGAACAGGAGUCGCCUUUCUUUCUCAAGUUCAAAUCGACAACGAGUAUGGUCAUCGAAAAGCUAAAUUAAGGAGUUAAUCGGGGGUUCGGGGCUUGUGUUAAGUUUAUUGUGAUGACGAAUGCUUUAGCUUGAAGCGGAAAUUUAUUUUAAUGAAUAAACUAAUGUAAAUAUUAUGGCACAAA